AUGUCGCUCUUGGUAAUCAGCUAUCUGUACAUCGCGACCGCGUCUCACGCAGCGCCGCCUCGGUUUUAUGAGUAUCACGCUGCUUGCUCAACUGCGUUAUCAUACGAGCAUGCUCUGCAUUCUAAACGGGCCGCUGUGCUCCAUACUCCCGGUCGCUGUCCUUGUGAGAGUCCAAGGGAUGACGCGGGACAAAGAACACUCGACCAUUAUCAUCGAUGUCAUUGUUGUUUGUCUCCAACAGGUUGGCACCUGGUGUCGUGGACCUAUUAUAGAACUUCCCAACGAGAUACAGGCGAUGCAUACAGCCGCCUAGCAGCUACGUAG